AUGGCUGCCUUUGUUUUUGACAUCGACGGUGUGCUGUCCAAGGGGUCACAGCCUUUACCCGGGGCCAAAGAGGCUCUCCAAGUUCUACAGGCCCGCAAUAUCCCCUUCAUCUUCUUGACCAACGGAGGAGGACUGACAGAAGAAGCGCAUGUGGAGAAGCUGCGCGUGAGAUUGGGACUUGACGAGCUUGACGAGAAUCAGUUUAUCCAAAGCCACACACCCUAUCAAGCGUUGGUCCCAGAGUAUGGCGAGAGGACAAUCCUCGCCCUGGGCGGCCACAGCGACAAUGUUCGAAACCUCGCGCAUGCCUAUGGUUUCCGAAAGGUCGUGACUUCCUCUGAUCUGUACACGGACCACGAGCACAUUCACCCGUUCCCGGAGAUGACUCGAGACCAUCACAGCAAGCACGGAAGGAAGGACCCGGUUUCUCCGCUCGACAACAGCACUGAUGGCAGCGAAAGUGGCGAUAGCGACGAUGGCCUGCUCCGCAUACACGCGAUUCUUGUUUGGAACUCACCCCGAGACUGGUGCCUCGAUCUUCAGGUCAUCCUCGAUCUGCUCCUGUCUGUCGACGGCAUCGUUGGGACCCGGUCCCCGAAGAACGGCGACGCCACCCUGCCGAAUGCUGGCUACCUCCAGGACGGCCAGCCCAGGCUUUUCUUCAGCAACCCGGACUUUGAAUGGGCCACGCAGCACGCGCAGCCGCGCUUAGCCCAGGGCGCUUUCCGCGAGGCCUUGUGCGGUCUUUGGGCCUACAAGACACGGGGCUUGGCCCAGCUCGACUUCACGGUGGUCGGCAAGCCGACGGAGGCGACAUAUGUCUACGGUGAAAAUGCGCUGGAGGCCUGGAACGAGCAACUCGAGCAGAAAAGGAAAUCGACCGCGGCAUACACGAUUGAGACCGUCUUCAUGAUAGGCGACAACCCCGAAAGUGAUAUUGCUGGUGCCAACAGCUUCCAGUCGCGCAAGGGUUAUAAAUGGGAAAGCAUCCUCGUCGAGUCGGGCGUGUUCGCCGCCGGCACGAAGCCUGUGCACCAGCCAACACACAUUACGAAGGACGUCAAGAGUGCCGUGGAAUGGGCUUUGCGCCAAGUCGAUGCGUGA